AGAGCCCAGCACUCGCGGACAGUUACUUCUUGCAAAGCAGCUUUGGUUAACUUGUCAGGCCCCAUCCCAGGACUGACCACAGUAGCCCUUAGCUAUUUUCUGCCCUGUUAGCUCCGUGGAGUGAUGAAUGAGACUGUCCCCGGGUCACUAUCCUCCUCGCUGUUCUGUCCCUGACUCUAGGAACCCCGGUGAAGGGGGAGGUGAAAGCCCAGGGGCCCAGAGGGGGUGGGAAGGGGAGGUGGCCGGUCCAUUUAUAGUCCUGCUCUUUGGGAUGCUGAAGGUGCUGAAAUAGAGGCCGACACAAGAGGCUUGGCACAGUGAAGGACCCACCGAGCUGGCCGCACCGACCCUGCGAUGACAAUAGGGGGCAUGGAAAACGUGGAGAUCUUCACUUCCGAGGGCAAAGGCAGAGGUCUGAAGGCCACGAAGGAGUUCUGGGCUGCGGACGUCAUCUUUGCCGAGCGGGCCUACUCUGCGGUGGUUUUUGACAGCCUGGUGAACUUUGUGUGCCACACCUGCUUCAAGAGGCAGGAGAAGCUCCAUCGCUGCGGGCAGUGCAAGUUUGCCCACUACUGUGACCGCACCUGCCAGAAGGAUGCCUGGCUGAACCACAAGCACGAGUGUUCUGCCAUCAAGAGAUAUGGGAAGGUGCCCAACGAGAAUGUCAGGCUGGCGGCCCGCAUCAUGUGGCGGGUGGAGAGAGAGGGCACCGGGCUCACCGAGGGCUGCUUGGUGUCCGUGGAUGACUUGCAGAACCACGUGGAGCACUUUGGGGAGGAGGAGCAGAAGGAGCUGCGGGUGGACGUGGACACGUUCUUGCAGUACUGGCCGCCCCAGAGCCAGCAGUUCAGCAUGCAGUACAUCUCCCACAUCUUCGGAGUGAUCAACUGCAAUGGUUUCACGCUCAGUGACCAGAGAGGCCUACAGGCAGUGGGUGUGGGCAUCUUUCCCAACCUGGGCUUGGUAAACCAUGAUUGCUGGCCCAACUGCACAGUCAUAUUCAACAAUGGCAAUCAUGAGGCAGUGAAAUCCAUGUUUCACACCCAGAUGAGGAUUGAGCUCCGGGCCCUGGGCAAGAUCUCAGUAGGAGAGGAACUGACAGUGUCCUACAUUGACUUCCUCAAUGUCAGCGAAGAACGCAAGAGGCAGCUGAAGAAGCAGUACUACUUUGACUGUACAUGUGAGCACUGCCAGAAAGGGCUGAAGGAUGACCUCUUCCUGGGGGUGAAAGAGGACCCCAAGCCCUCUCAAGAAGUGGUGAAGGAGAUGACACAAUUCUCGAAAGAUACACUGGAAAAAAUAGACAAAGCUCGAUCGGAGGGUUUGUAUCAUGAGGUCGUGAAGCUGUGCCGGGAGUGCCUGGAGAAGCAGGAGCCGGUGUUUGCCGACACCAACCUGUACACGCUGCGGAUGCUGAGCGUGGUGUCCGAGGUCCUCUCCUACCUCCAGGCCUUUGGGGAGGCCGCGCACUACGCCAGGAGGAUGGUGGACGGCUACAUGAAGCUGUACCACCCCAACAAUGCCCAACUGGGCAUGGCUGUGAUGCGGGCAGGGCUAACCAACUGGCAUGCUGGUAACAUCGAGGUGGGGCACGGGAUGAUCUGCAAAGCCUAUGCCAUUCUCCUAGUGACACAUGGACCCUCCCACCCCAUCACCAAGGAUUUAGAGGCCAUGCGGGUGCAGACGGAGAUGGAGCUGCGCAUGUUCCGCCAGAAUGAGUUCAUGUACCACAAGAUGCGCGAGGCUGCCCUCAACAACCAGCCCAUGCAGGUCAUGGCCGAGCCGAGCAGUGAGCCAGCCCCAGCUUUGUUCCAUAAGAAGCAGUGAGGACCCGAGGUGGGGAGCGAUGUGGCUGGGGGCUGGGGAGAAAUCUGGACCUGGUGGUUCUGUGAAGAGACUCUUGACGAAGAAAUCAGAGUAAUUCUCCAUCUUGCAGCUGAGGCGAUGCACCGCCCUUGAUCCCCAGUGUCAUUUUGAUUCAAGUCAAUUUAUUUUAAUACGAUUUAACUCUAUCUCAUUCUUGCAGAACUCUUUGUAUAAGUAGUUGUUGGGUGCUACAUCCCAGAACCCAAUAAAGGAACACAAAUAUAAUUGGAGAUAAAAAGUAAACAAUGAAAACAUAAUGUGA